UCUCUUUCUCUCUCUCUCUCUCUUAUUUUUUUUACUCAAUAAUAAAAAAAAAGCUUCGACCACAGAACGAUAAUGGUGGCUAUGAGAUCUCCGUCUUUUUUUCUCCGUCGUGUUUCUCACCGCCGAUUAUAAAAUCAUUCUUUCUACUGGCAUCUCCUUGCGGGACAUGGAAAUCUAUGUCGAUUAGGGUUUAUGUAAGAAGAAAUAAAAAGGGUAUGGAGGUGAAGGAAUCGAAGGUAGAUAUGGAUAAGGCGGAGGAGAUAGUGGCAUUAUCCAAAGAUAUGCCUUGUACUAGUAACUAUGAGGACCAUAGUUUUCAUACUUCUGAUGAAGAUCAUCUCACUGAGGAUCCUUGUGCUGUUGCUGUUGGUGUUGCUGCUAGUGAUGAUAGUGGUGAUGCUUCUAUUAGAAAAGAGGUGGCAGAUGAAGACGAUGUUGAUGUAUUGGGAUGCUAUGAUGAUGACGAUGAGGUUGAAGCCUCGGGAUGCUAUGAUGAUGGGACUGAUGAUGGGUAUUCUUCGAGCUCGUUUAGUGGUACUGAUUCUGAGCAUGAAGGUGAUGAAACUUCUUUGAAUGAUCAAGAAGCUGAUUCUAUCANCUUCGACCACAGAACGAUAAUGGUGGCUAUGAGAUCUCCGUCUUUUUUUCUCCGUCGUGUUUCUCACCGCCGAUUAUAA